GGUUUGAAUUUUGAGGUGAUGAUUUCUUGAUUGGCAGUAUCAAUCUUUCAGUCUAAACCUCCGGUCUUAUGCUUAGAACUCGCUCGCCCACCCACAAACAAUAGCAUCAGCAGCCGCAUAUUCUCUUGAUCUGCAUCAAGAUGGAGGAAUUACUAAGAAACUAGAGCACCCUCUUCUUAUUUCUUGCUCAUAGUUCACUUCUUUAUAGGGCCAUACUGGGUUGCAAAUAUAUCACCUUUGCAUGGCUAGUGCAGGUUGUUUUGGAUCAGUACUCUGGCUUGGUGAAUGAGUUUGGUUCUUACAGUAACUUUUGAAUCAGCAGAUGGGAGGGCAUUCCACUGAUGCCAUGAACCAUAUAGAAGAUGAGUAUGUUCCCAUUAGAGAUGCGGAGGAUGCCCAACUGGGAAUGUUUGACAAACCACUUCCUUGCUUUGGCUGUGGAAUUGGAUGGUUUUCCCUUCUGCUUGGAUUUGUGUUCCCACUGAUGUGGUACUUCUCAGCAAUUCUCUACUUUGGGAAGUACUAUAACAAGGAUCCAAGGGAGCGAUCUGGCCUUGCUGCAUGUGCAAUAGCUGCUAUAGUGUUCACAGUAGCUGCGGUGAUCACUUUGCUCGUUUAUUUGUUGUGAUUCUUGCUUCUACAAUUUCAUCUUGUGGCUGCAGUGUAUGUUUCUAAACAAUAAGAUGAACCUGAUCGUGAGCUAAGGCUCUCGUGCUCGAGUUAUAAUAGGCCAAGAGGAAAAGAAUAUCAGCACGGUGAAUGAUCGAGCUAUCUUAAAUCUGUAGCUGCAACUAAUUUCUCCAGUCUUGUACAUAAUACAAAUGUGUUGUAUGAUGAUGGGCAAAAAAAAACAGAGAGAAGAAACGAAAGAAACAACGAAACUGUUAAAUGCCCUCUUAGUGUAAGUAUGUAAAGUGUUUAUAUCAAACUUACAGAGCAAAUCACUCUGUAUUUUAUGCGAUGAUGCUUUAGAAAAUGCGACAUUCCUUGAUAUAUUAUUUCAGAGUUUGCUGGAGGCAGCAGCUAACUCAAAUUGUUGCAAACUGACAAUUGAAGUUAAGUGACUUCCAAUGUGAAAA